GGAAUUCAGAGAGGUAUAAUGGUAUCAACAGAUAAAUUACGAAAAAAUAGUAGUCAAAGUUAUGAGAACGGGCAUAUUUUUGAACGCGAUAGACAAUUAAUGGAUAGUUUUAUUUAUACAAUUUUGAUGUUUAGGCAAUGUAUUAUGUUGGAAGACUUUUUCGAAUUGUUGAUGGCUCUUUGUGGACAAAAAUGUGCAAAACUUUUUGCUUCACAUGAACAGCUUCUUGAAUUUGUAAAAGAGAGGUGUAAGACAAAAGUAAAAAUUGAGGAAAAGGGAAGUCGGGUAUUUUUGUCUUGGGCUGAAGCUAAUGAUGGAUCGAAAAGACUGCAUGAUCAAUUAGUCAUAAUUGGAAAGCGAGUUUGCUCGGAAAGUGCACCCCAAAAAGGAUGUUAG